UCCAUGCCCCGUCGCCCUUUCCAUCCUGUUUUCCCCCACCUUACCAAGCACCACUGCACACAGUCAAUCUGCCUUCUGCGCGACCAGCAUCUGAUCAUUGAGAAGUGUCCUUUGUCGGCAUCGUCCGCCCUUUUCACUACACUGCAUUAUAACGAAACCCCGUCCAGGCCCCAGGAUCAUCCUUCUGUUCACGUGCGGACUUGACAACUGCGUCACUUCCUUUUGCAAAUUAUUCCUUGGUUCGGUCGUGCAGCCACUGUGACCUCAAUUCCAGCCAAUAGUAGCGCCCGCUUGCCCCGAGUCAAGCCUUCCUGUUGACUGCUGAGGUACCCUUCUGCCGCCCAUUCCUCCUCCCGGCCGUCGUCAUUGACUUCCGACAGACGGUUAAUAUCUUCUCGACACCAACGCGCGUGUCUGCGAUCGCCAUUUUCAACUCUUUCCAAUUCCCCGAAACCAUUUACAGGGCAGCCCAGCGACAGCAACGUCCUGUCCUCCACCUACAAGCCGCGCUCACCCUACCAUAGCACCUCCGUGCUCAUCUCUCCACAUCGCCCUUUGCAAAUCGGCACAUUGAUCCCGCCCAACACUGCCCGACCCCGCAAACGACCGCCUGCACGGAAAUCCGCAGGACACCACUCGAGACACUCAACAGUCCUUCACUGCGCAUUCUCGGCCACCUAUUGAUAUUGUGACGACGCAUAGUCCCAAUUGCGAACAACAGUCCACCUGAUUUCACUAGCUCUGCUCAACACCAGCUGAGCACCAAGGCGAGGAUCCAGGUGCAUCCUCCCACCGCUGUUCACCAGCCAACUCUCACAAACCUCAACCAAAUCGUCAUCUGAUCAAAAAGCCCGAAUAAUAUCCGACAAAAUGUCGACAAUACAACAGUUGAAGAACUUCAUCCGACACGGAAAGCAAGCCCGCACUGCAAACCCUGAAGAGCCGGCGCGGACAAAACAGGCCGACCACUCUGCCACACAGCAUCACCACCAGCCCACAAAGAUGGCGGCCCCUGUCUCAGAACCUAACCUGGGAGGCUCUCCGCCACGCAACCACCAAGCGCCCGUUCAAGAUGCCUACUCGAACACGCAAGUUGACGGCCAUAACCGUGUCGCGCAGGCUGGCCAUGCCGCUGCCCAUUAUGCCGAGGCCGACCAAAACCUAGCACACAAGACCAAGUCAAAGACCAAGGUUCCCGACGAGAAUAUUGUCAGGCUUGUUGCGGAAGAAAACGCAAGCAAGAGCAAAUUCCCCAGGUACCCCGGCCUCGAGCGAUGGGAGCUCGUCGAGAAGAUGGGCGACGGUGCCUUCAGCAAUGUUUACCGCGCACGGGAUUUGGAGGGUAACGCGGGCGAAGUAGCCAUCAAAGUUGUUCGCAAGUUCGAGAUGAAUAACAUGCAGAGCAACAAACAUCUCCAUCCGGACUUCAAGCCAAAGGCACCAAAGGCUGCAGAGCGAGCCAAUAUCUUGAAAGAGGUGCAAAUCAUGCGCCAGCUUGACCAUCCCAACAUCAUCAAGCUUGUCGACUUCGCCGAGUCUCGCCAAUACUACUACAUCAUUCUUGAACUGGCGCCUGGCGGCGAGCUGUUCCACCAGAUUGUGCGUCUGACGUACUUUAGUGAGGAUCUCUCCAGGCACGUUAUCACACAGGUAGCAAAGGCUCUGGAGUAUCUGCACGAGGAGAAGGGUGUAGUCCAUCGUGACAUCAAGCCUGAAAACAUCCUCUUCAGCCCCAUUCCAUUUAUCCCCUCGAAGCACCCGAAACCCAAGCAGCCAGGUGAUGAGGACAAAGUUGACGAGGGCGAGUUCAUCAAAGGCGUAGGUUCUGGUGGGAUUGGUCAGAUCAAGAUAGCCGAUUUCGGCUUGUCCAAGAUCGUCUGGGACAAACAAACCAUGACUCCCUGCGGCACUGUCGGGUAUACAGCACCCGAGAUCGUCAAGGAUGAGCGGUACUCCAAGGCAGUCGAUAUGUGGGCGCUGGGUUGCGUUCUCUACACUCUUCUUUGCGGCUUCCCACCUUUCUACGAUGAGAGCAUUGAGGUCUUGACGGAGAAGGUUGCCAAGGGCCAGUAUACCUUCCUUUCGCCAUGGUGGGACGAUAUCAGCAAAUCCGCCCAGGAUCUUAUCUCGCAUCUUCUGUGCGUCGAUCCCGAGAAGCGCUACACGAUCACAGAGUUCCUCGCGCAUCCUUGGAUUGCCGGCUCGGGUCCUACGCCAAGAGACGAGCGGAAGAACCCGGAUGGUGUGCUGCGGGCCUUCGAUGCAUCCAAGAUUGUGGAUGGAGACAGACGUUAUGACUUCCGUUCUCCAGGUGCUGUCAAUCUGCGCGAAGUGUUUGAUGUUGGCUAUGCCGUCCAUCGCCAAGAGGAAGAAGGCAAGAGACGUCAUAACCUUGGAGCCAAGGCGGGCGUGUCUCGUCUGGUAGGCCUCGACGAGAACUCUGACGAGGGAGAGGAUGUUGCUAUGCAUGAUGUCGUAAAUGGCAAGCAAUACCAUACAUCUCUUGAGCAAAGCAUGCGCAAUGCCCAAAUCAGGGAUCAACAACAGGAGCAACGCGGUAGGGACCGCGAGAGGAAGGCUCACCCACCCCCAGCGGCCGCUGAACAAAGGGGCUAUGGUCAACACUCGGCAGCUGUCACGGCUGCGGCCAGACAACAGGUUCGCGAACGCAACCGACAAAAGGGUGCAUUUGAGCUCAAUCUGGAUGGCGCCACUUUGCUCGGACGGCGAGGAGUUAAACCGUCUGCUGCUCGAGUUGCAUAGGGCGACAACCCAGAGGGGACAAAGUCUGACGAGAAGCAUGUCCAAAAGACAUGUGACGACGUUUUGCUUGCGAGUGAGGCGAGGUCUAAGCUGCAGUUAAACGAUACGUAGGAGCAAGGGAACGUCGAAAGGAUAUUCAAUUCUGUUGUGCAUUUUCAGGAGGAGGGUGUUGGCCGACGGAGAGCCAGCAAUAGCGUUGGGCAUUUCUCAACAUUUCCAUUCUUCUCAACCCCCCUUUUAGCAUUUUUCAACGUUUUGGAAGCGUACCAUCAUGUCGUUUUUCUUGUUGUUCAUGAGACUAACAGGUUUGGCCGUCGAUAUGGGGGAUUUUUGGUCAUCCCAUCUCAUAGCGCUACAUUACGGUGUUGGAGGCCAAUUGAUAGGUUUUGUUUAUCUUUAAGAUUACGAUGCUUCACUGAGCCCAUGCAUGUCUUACCACCAGCUUCGAACUGUGCGUUAGUGCCGAGAGAUGCAGCUGAUGCUAUUCACGGAAUCGUGGUGCCGUUGCAUAGAGAGCGCGCAAGGGAGAGGUUGCCAGGAAAAAGAAAAAAAAUGAGAUCACCAGAGUUUUCGAAGUGCG